AUGUAUCGGAAAAGAGAGGUUCAGAAAGCACGGAGGGAGGCAAAGGUGCAAGAGGCGCAGACUGCGCUGGUGAAGCGCCUCAUCGAGGGCAUUUACAAGGAGCAGGGGCGGAACCAUGGCCGGCCAGUCUUCCGGAAGUCUUUGGGGCAAGGAGAGAGCGUGGCCAUCUACUACUGGGAUGAGAAGGAUGGCGCAGAUUGCGAUGGAUGGUGGAUCGGCGCGGAGGUGGGUGGCGACAUGGUCUUUGCCUUCAACGUCAACCAAGCAUCAAUGCUUCCACCAUCCACGGGCUGGAGGUUUCCCCUGCGAGGUCCCCUGGACCGCUCUCUGCGCAUCAUUCAAGGAGGCAAUGAAUCUCUCAAGAUCCAGUUCACGUGA